AUGCUAUAUUUGGUCAACGAAAUAGCUCCGAUGGUCGAAUUCACGAAUGUCAAGUGCACUUCCUGGGAUAAGAAAUUUGAUGAUUUUGAGUACUGCCACCUAAAGUCGGUUAACCGCAGCUUUAAGUACUUGUCUCUUAAGGUUAACUUAUUCAAAGUUCCCAUACCAAAGUCAAGGUUUGUUAAUUUUGCUUUACUCAAGCGUUACAGUGGCUACAAGCCUUUCCUGUACAAUAUCACUGUCGAUGCUUGCAAACUCCUAAAACACCCCAAGGCAAACCCGAUUUUUGGCUUCUUUCACGGCCUGUUCAAAGAACACUCCAACAUGAAUCAUUCAUGCCCAUAUGAUCAUGAUCUUGUUGUUGAAAAACUGCCUACGUCCUUUAUGAAUCAAAAAAUAACCGGAGCACUCAACUUUCCACAUGGGGAUUACCUUUUCCACUCGGACUGGCUUGCAUAUGGAAUUAAUCGGGCGACCGUUGACUUCUUUUACACUCUUUCAUAA